AUGCUCUGUUCUCUGCCGUCCCCCGUCUCCCCCGUCUCGCCCGUCGCCGUCUCUUCAAACCCCAGCCUGCCCCCUCGCAUUCUCUCCGCUUCUUCCCGCUUCACCGUUCUUCCCCCUUCCGCCUCACCCGCUCCACCGUUUCUUCCCCGUGCGCGCAUUCCCUCGCGCCCCUCGCCUCCCGUGACCGCCGCCGUGCCGCCAUGCGGCAGAGAGCGCUGGACGCGCGCGCGGGGGGGAUUGGCGGCGAGGAGGAGGGCCACAGUGGCCGCGGCGCACGUAGCAGGCGGGGGAAGUGGAGGAGGCGAUGACGGGGAAGGCACGGCGGUAGCGGGCAGCGCGUACCUUUGCGUGUUCCCCCUCAGCGGAGUGUGUCUGCCAACUCAUUCCGGGGCACUCAACGUGUUCGAGCCGCGCAUGCUGCAGCUGAUGGACGUGAUCACGUACGUGGCGGCGUCCCCCUCCUCUCCCCCCUCUGUGCUGCCGCGCUUCGCCCUGCUGCCCUCCUCCUGGACCACCGCGCUCGCCGCCGCUGCUGCCAUGCAGCAGGGGGGCAGCGGUGCAUGGCAGGGGGGAGGAGGGUUGGCUGGCGGGGGUGCUUUCACGUGGGAAGGGGAGCUGCGUGGGGAAGGGGAGGACGGUGGGGGGUCGACGUGGUUUGGAGGUGGGGGGCGAGGGAGCAGAGAUGGGGUUGCAGAGGAGGGGGUGGGGCAAGGCAGUGGGGAGUGGAGGAGUGUGGAGGAGGUGUUGAGAGAUGCGCCUGUGGGAUGUUCCUGUGUGGUGCACUCGUCGCACACUGCGCCAGACGACUCUCGCCUGGUGACAUACGAGGCGACUCACCGCAUUGUCCCGCGGGCCAUGCGCCGUGUGCACCCCUUCCUCGUGCUGCUCUGCCACCCGCUGCACGACCACCCGCCGCUGCCCGUCAAUUCACCAGCCCCAGCAGCACAGCUGUACGCCGGGCAGGUGGACGCGGCAGAGAGGCACGUGUGGGAGCAACUCAAAGAGGUCGCCUGGCUCUCUGCUGUCCUCGCCCGCACCGGCACUGCCUCUCGCACCUCCUCUUCCUCUGGAAACCAGCAUGAGCAGCAGCAGGGGGCAGGGGGGCCACGGGAUGGUGCCCCACCGCCCUCUGCUGCGGCGUCGCUGCUGCCCGCGGCUGUGCUGCGCUUUGGCCCCGAUGCCAUGUCCGGCACGUCUCGCCGCGCUAACACCACCGCCCAGGCGGGUCAGUGCGGGUGGGCAGGCACGUGUGGACAGACACCCUGCUGCCCCCAUUCCAUCGGACUCCUGGCAUGGAUGAAAGGAAUGGGGGUACUUGCUUCCAUCUCAACGUGGCGGAGCAUGAAGGGUCCCCUGGCCUUGGAGCGGUCUGGUGGUGAGGGGAAGACGGCGAGCACGGGGGGUAGCGCUGCAGGGGGAGGUGCAGGGGCGGAGGGGGCGUGGAAUGACCCGUACUGGGUGGCGCGCGAAGCACUCAGCAAGGCCCGGCGACAAGAGGCGUUCUCUUUCGCUGCCGCUGACAUGGUGGACUUGGAGCAGCAGCAUCGCAACCUGCUGCUGGGCAUGACAUGCACGCUGGAGCGACUGCUAUGGGUGCAAGCAGCCAUCGAGCCUCACCUCGCCUCGCUGCGUGCUGAAAUGUCUCUGGUACUGCUCCCCGCCGCCAUGACGUACUUCCACUUCUUCAACUGCGCCGCGCUCUCCUUCGCGCCGCACCUCAUCUUCUACAAAGCCACGCCGCUGUCGGAGUACGGCACAUGGACGGCUAGUCUCAAGGCGGCGCUCGUCUUCUUCGCCGCCAUGCUGCUUAAGAUGAUCCUGUGGGCGUCGCUGCUGCCCGAGUCCGAUCACGACCCCGCGCUCGCCGCCCCUUCGCACCUAGACGCGCGCCAGGAGGCGUUGCGCGCGGUGAUAGGCGCGGGGGUGGACCUGGCGGGCAUGCGGUACGCGCUGGUGCACGUGAGCCACCGCAACAUGGCCUUUGAACACAAGUUCCAGGCCGUGGGCCUCGGGUGGGCACUGGCGGAGUCAGUGAGCAAGCGCCUGGUGCCGCUGUGGGUGGGGGCAGGCGGCAUGGAGUUCAAAUGGGACUUCCUGCUCGACGCCCUCUCCUCCAACAUCGAACUCGUGUCCACGGUGACCCUCGCAGCGCUGGCCUCGCUGCUCUGGCUGCGCCGCUCCAAGCCGCCUGCCCUCGUGCCGCUCAUCUACAUCGUUGCCUCUCUGCUCGCCGCACUGCCCUUCUCCUCCAGCUUUCUGGAGCACGGAUUGGGGUGGCAGCCGUACGAGGUGGCAGGUGCGCACCUGGCAGCAUGCAUUGUGGCGGCAAUCAUCACAUGGCGCCUCUUCUCCGCCUGCUCACGCCAACCAGCGCCUGCUUGA